AUGUCCGCCCUCCAGGAUCUGAAGAAGCAGAGUGCCGGCCUCGAAGGUACGUCGCAAGGGAGCUACCUCUGGCGGACGCUGCCUUAUGCCGCUGGCGCUGCCUCUGCUGCAGCUGCCGCGGGCUACUAUUGCUAUGACUAUCUUAGUAUGUCCUGUCCGUGCGAUUGGGAUACUUCAAUACAGAGCAGCAGAACCACUCUUGCGUUCCAAUCUCCUGUCGAUAGUCUCGAUGUAUCCUUCCCAGGCAGCGUCUAGCCAUUGGGAACUUUUGCCUUCUUGGUUGAAAGCUAUGCUAAUGACCCGCAGCCGGUAUGCAAAAGAUCAGCAUGGUCGACAAUGAAUUACCCAAGAAGAAAGGUCCCCCAUCCACUAAACCUCCUCCAGCCAAAGCUCCGCCGCAGAAGACUCCGGCGAAGCAGCCUCAGACUAGCACUCCGGCUAAAUCAGGCGAUUCGACUCCAGCCGUCAAGAAGCCGGCGACUCCUGCCUCGGCGCCGAAGACCACUCCAUCCAAGCCAGCGACUGGGGGCGCGACUCCUGCGAAGAAGCCUGCGACCGCUCCCGCGAAGCCUGCAACGGGAGGCGCUCCUACGCCAGCAAAGACGCCCGUCAAGACUCCUGCGAAAACUCCUGCGAGCGGAGGCGCCGCGACACCUGCAAAGACUCCCGCGAGCGGAGGCGCCGCGACACCUGCGAAGACUCCUGCGAGCGGAGGCGCUGCGACACCUGCGAAGACGCCAGCGAAGACGCCAGCGAAGACACCAUCCACCGCCGGAGCCAAGACUCCAGUCUCCCAGGCACAAAAGACGGCAGGACAAGCAACAGCCGGCGCGAAGCCACCUUCAACCCCAGCCGAUGGGGCAGCUUCUUCCCCAGCAAAACGAAAGCCAGUCCCUCCAGAAGUCAAACCACAGACCAAGAAGCCUCCUCCAGCUGCCAACAAUGCCACCAACACAGCCCAGAAAGCCACCGGGACCGCCCAGAAGGCCGCAAACCAAGGCGUGGGAGCAGCUGACAAGACGCUCGACACCGCAACGGAAGGAGUGAAUAAAGGCGUGGGCGCAGCUACAGGUACGUCCUCCUCACUCCCCACAAGGAUGGACUUCAGUCCUACCAGUACGAAUUACGUGGAAACUAUGCUCCCGCAGUGGCUAGUGCAACGUUGGAAAGCUGCUUCCAACAACAGCAACUGAAUCGAUCUAGGGUCUCUCGACAAAGUCAGCGGCGGGAAAGCAGCGCCUGCGACCAAGAAGGUCAACCAAGUCGGCCAGGGCGCGAGUAAUGCUGCGGGCCAAGUUGGCAAGGGCGCUACCGGUACGGCGCAGAAGGCGGGUAAAGAUGUUUCGGACACGGCAGGUGGCGCGAUGGGCGAUCUUGCGCAGACAGGAAAGGAUACGGCGGGAGCAAUUGGGAGGGGGGAUGUGAAAGGAUUUGCGGGUGGGGCUGCGAAGGUGAGAAGAGGAUGAUUUGGUCUGUCUUUCCACUGCAUUACAAUUGCUAAUGUCAUUGCUAGGGCGUUGGCCGAACGGUCGGUGGUGUUGGCAAAGGCGUAAGUCUUCGAUUGUGUCAAAAUUUGAGGGUCGGUCGAUGCUGAUGAGAGCUUUCCAGGCUGGCACAACUGUCUCUGGUGUGGGCAAAGGUGUCGAUGGCACUGUGUAUGUUUUCAAACCCCUUCGGAAAUCCUUCAGAGUCGCCUGCUGAUGUUGAACUCGUAGCUCUGGUGCUGGCAAGACCCUUGGUGGCACAGUCGUAAGUUCAAGCUGCCAAGAUUCUUCUUGCUCUCGGUGCUGACAUGUUUCGUAGGGCGGACCCGUUGGCAAGACUGUUGGCGACGCUUCUGGCAAUGUGGGCAAGACUGUAUCCGGAGCAACUUCUGGCCUUGGUCAAACAGUCGGCGAUACCACCAGCGCUAUCGGAAAGGGUGAUAUGAGCGGCGUCGCUUCUGGCGCUACCGGCGGUGUUGGUAACACCGUUGAUGGUGUCGGAAAAGGAGCUGUGAGUAUCCUGGCAGCCGUAAGGGUCACAAGUGCUUGCUGAUCUCGGUGGUGUACAGGGCGAUUCGAUUGAAGGAGCUGGCAAGAGCGUAGGCGGGUAUAUUCCUGGCCGCGUCGGAGGUACGGUUGAAGGUGUCGGCAAGGGUGUUGGAGAUACUGUUACUGGUACGCAAUUCAUUUCCGAGGUCUAUUACUUGGAACGCGUUGCUGACGGGUAUGAAUGUAGGCGUGACGGGCGGUGUCGGCGACGGCGUCGGCAAACUCGGACAAGGGGAUGUCAUCGGUGGUGUUGGAUCAACUGUGAGUGGUGUUGGCAAAGGUGUUGGUGGCCUGGCCUCUGGUGUAUGGGGAGGUAUCAGUGGUAAGAAUCGGAAGAAGCCCGAGGAGGAGGAGGCCCAGGGAGAAGGAGAAGCAGAGGCCGAAGGAGGGGAAGGUGAAGGGCAGAAGAAGCAAAAGGGCUGGUUCUCCUAA